CCCACUUCCCUAGAUAUCCACCUGCAUUCUAUUCAGUCAACCAAUAAGCUUUCUGGCACGGUGACAUCUAGUACAUAAAGGGUUAAAGGGACUUGUUGAAGUCACUUUGAAAGAAAGACGCAUCUUUGCAAACUAUGGUGUCUCGACGAUCACUUACAGUUGACAUUGAGAAAGCGACAAGGACGACAUAUGUGCUCGGAACGGAGUUGACGGUCAAUUUAAACAGGUGUGCUCCACCUCUUUCCAAAUCCUUCUCGAUAAAAUGCGGCCCAAACGUGCAUUACAAGGUGACUCCUUUGGAGAGGGACAGGAACGCCCUGUACCCCCUCACCCCAAACUCUGUCCUCAUCAUCACCAUGGAUGCAGUCAGCGACACUGCAAAUGACAGCAAGCUAUCUGUGAGAUACUAUGGAGAGAAAACCGAGUCGCUGGGGGACGCCGUGCUGCAUCUAACAGCUGUCGAGAUAUCUCUGGACGUAGAUGCUGACCGAGAUGGCGUUGUUGAGAAAAACAAUCCAAACAAGGGAUCGUGGAAGUGGGGUCCUAAUGGCCACGGUGCAAUUCUGCUGGUCAACUGUGACUCAGAGACCUCUUUCAAGAAGACCCUGGACAGUGAGGUUGAUGAGAUCCGUAAAGUGUCAGAUUUACAGGACAUGUCCAAGAUGAUCCUGCGCACCAACGGUCCCGCUGAACUCCCUGAAGGCUAUAAACUGACCAUGCACAUCUCACAGACCACUUCAGAGAACAUGAGAGUCUUUAGACCUCGGACAAAUGCAAAAAAAGACAACGUGUGGAAGUACAAACUCUUGAAAUUGUUCCUGAAAGACUAUAUCAUGGUGGUGGGAACGGACACGCUGACAGAGGAAGUGCCCUAUCUGGGAGGCAAAACUGAACUGGCGUUCUUUGUAGAGGGUCUUCGAUUCCCUGAUAAAGACUUUGAUGGGCUAGUCACCAUCAACCUCAGUCUACUAGAGCCCUGUGGCAAGGGUUUCCCUGAAACGCCCAUCUUCACAGAUACAGUGGUAUUUCAUGUUUCUCCCUGGAUCAUGACCCCAAACACCCUCAAACCUGUGGAGGUCUAUGUGUGCAGCACAAAUGAUAAUUACACAUUCCUGAAGAGCAUAAAGGACCUGGUGAACAAGUGUGGCUACAAACUGAAAAUAUGUCACGAGUACAUGAACCGAGGCGACCGCUGGAUGCAGGAUGAGCUUGAGUUUGGCUACAUUGACUCUCCCCAUCAUCAGUUCCCUGUUGUACUAGACUCUCCUCGCGAUGGAGAUCUUCAGGAUUUCCCCUACGAGUCCAUUCUGGGGCCAGACUUUGGGUACGUGACACGGCAUGCUUUGAAUGAGGAGGUGAGCAGUCUAGACUCCUUCGGUAACCUGGAGGUUAGUCCACCAGUCACAGUCAACGGAAAAAGUUACCCACUUGGCAGGAUCAUCAUUGGAGUGGCGUUCCCUACUGCAACUCGUGGCCGAAACAUGACCCAAGUCGUCCAGGACUUCCUGUGGGCACAGAAAGUUCAAGAGCCAAUAGCGCUGUACUCUGAUUGGCUGGUUGUGGGUCAUGUGGAUGAGUUCAUGACCUUUGUUCCAGCCCCUGACCGAAAGAAAUUCCGGUUGCUGCUGGCUAGCCCUGAUGCCGGAUACAAAGUUUUCAAAAGCUUACAAAAGAAAGGACAUGGAGAAGCAGAAGUGUUUCCGGGUUUGCCAGAGGCCAUCUCUGUAAAUGAGAUCCUGAGUGACAAAAAGCUACAGGCUGAAAACCGAUAUGUGCAGAACUGUAUUGACUGGAACAGGGACGUGCUGAAGAAAGAGCUGGGGUUGGAAGAUGAGGACAUCGUUGAUUUGCCCAUUCUGUUUAAGGUGUUGGAAGAGAAAACGGGCCCCAGGGCUGUGGCUUACUAUCCCGACACGGUGAACAUGAUCGUGUUGGGGGAUCAGCUGGGCAUCCCAAAACCAUUUGGGCCGAAGGUGAAUGGCAGGUGUGCUCUGGAGACCGAGGUGUGCUCUCUUCUGGAGCCUCUGGGCCUCAAAUGUACCUUCAUUGAUGACUUUGCCUCGUACCACAAACUGCUGGGUGAAGUUCACCGCGGUUCCAACGUUCUUCGAGAGCCAUCCCCUUUCAAAUGGUGGAACCUAGAGCUGAGAGAGGGACACUAGAACUAUCAAGUGCCUACUGAGUCUGGAAACUAGUUCAAUCUAGCAAUAAACAAUGCAUAGAGCAAAAUACUAAUGGGAUAAUUCAUAAAUAAUUCAUCUAAAAAUGUCAUUUAUUAACCAUCAUGUUGUUUAAUUAGCUCUUUUCCGUGUAAUGAAAACUGUGAAAGAAUAAGAAAGUAGCCCAAAAAUCAUUCACGUCAAUGUGCGCUGUGUUCUGAAGUCAUUUAACAGCUUUCCAUGAGGAACGGGCAGAAACUGAAGUGCCUAUUCACUGAUGAAACCCUUUUGUUGCACAGAGCUGUUGAUUUUCAGUAAAUGCAUCUUGAAAAAGAGAGCAAACCGUAUACAUAUGAAACAACAUGAGUGUGAGCAAAUAUUUUUUAGUAGUUUGUCGAAUUCUUAUGACUUUACUCUGACAACUAGGCCUUGUUUUUAACAGUAUAGUUACUUCUCAGGCUGCAGUGGUGCUGUUUCUGGAUUUCUAAGAAAAUUAAGGGCUAACAAUUAUAAAUAAUGUUUUGAAGUGGUUCAAAAUAAUGUUCAACGCUUACAGCUUAAGUGUAGUUGGGCCUGUAUCAUAAAACAAGUUUACCAAAUAAGUUAGGUUUAAUUCAGUCAGUCUGACUUGGUUCAAAAUAAGUCGGAUUAACUGAAAUAAGCCUGACGUAUUAUUUAGUAAUCUUGUUUUAUGACAGACCCCUGAUGUUAAACAGACCCCUGUUGUUGUUUUAAAAUGCUUAACAAGUCUGUACUGGGUUUUUAUAACUAUGAACCAUGAGUGUUCAUUCUGUGUUGCUGCAAUAAUAAUGACUUAAGUUAAUUUUAUAAUUGUUGAUUGUCUUGGGUGUGCAAUUUUUUUUUUUUUUUCUUCUUCCCAUAAUGAUGUACAUCACCGCAAACAAUAAACAUUCCAUGAACCUCUCUGAUCUUUAUUAAACAAUUUUUGUUUUAUUACAAAAAAGGAGAAAAUGUAUUUACAGUGAAACAUUUCAUAAAAGUAGCAUAAUAAGCACUCGUAAAGGAGAACACAAUCACUUGCAGAAAGCGGUCGGUGUUUGUUUGGAAUGAGAUUGUGCUUAAUGUCUCUAGCAUGUGCAAACACAUUAUGUACAGUUCGACCAAUCAGCAGAGAUUUAGGGCUCUGACACAGCGAAAGUAUGGAUUCAGUCAGCCAAAAAUAAGCGAAUUAGGAAAUUAGUCUUACAAAAAAGAUGUUUUUUGGACACAAAAUUAUGGUAAUGCCAUCUUUCUUCUAUGACAGUAAUACCAUAGUAUUCUUUAAAAUAUGCAUCGUACAGAAAAUACCACAGUAUUUUAAGGAGCUGUAAAAGUGACUAAAAUGAUUUUGCAAACAACAAAUUGUGAAUAUUUAGUUUGAUUAGAGUUGAUGUUGCCAGUGACUUUCUUUUUGUUUUAAUGUCACAGCUUAGGAUAGGUGCUCAAAAUAAUUCAUCACAUUUAUGGCUCAAAAAAAAAAAAAUUCAGUCUCUAUCUGACAAGCCAUUGAGAUGAAUGGGAAAGCAUUAACACCAUAAUGCUAUGUUUAAAAACUAAAAUAUUUUGAUUGCAUGAUAUGUAAAAUGGGCUAAAAUUGGCUUUUUUUUUGUUUGUUUGUUUGCAAUGAAUUAAACAUGCAUUUGUAUUUGAAAACAAAAUUAAUUUCCUACCAUUUUCUAUUGAACAUUAAAGCAUCGGAUGAAUAUAUUCUGACUUAGUGUUUUCCAUAAUCCAUAACCACCAUCAUAUAUGUGUCUGCUGUUUUACAUUCAUAUUGCUCACCUGUCAUAUAAGCUAAAAGGUCUUCAGGACUUCCGAUAUAUCUGACUUGAGAGACACUGAUGUUUUAAUCUACACAGCUAGCUUUAAACAUGAAACUACAAACAUGAGGCCACUACAUUAGUGUACAGUUUACACACGUCAGUUUCACCACAAACAGUUGUGGCCAUACAAAAUAUGUUGAUCAGUAAAACAGCAUAAUCUUAAUAAAUAAUAUUUAAAAAGUAUACAGCAUCUCACACCUGAUCUAUUCAUUUUAUCAUAAAUUAUAAUGCCGACGCUUCAUUUAUUGGACGGGACGGGAAAUGGCUUGGGCGCUUGACACCAGAAGAUAGAAAACCACAC